AUGAGUCUUCGCGAAUCGAAAGCCAGCUCCAACACACACCGGACAGCCGACUCUGAGGAAUUUGAUCGGCGGAUGAGGUGGAAGUAUUUUGCCGACGCAACUCAGCCAGAUGACCAGACCAGCUACGAAAUGGUCUUGCUGACUUUGCCACCGGAGAAAGUCUGGGGCCCUGAUGAUUUACGGAAUCCAAAGCACCCUCUGUUCUUCGAGGUUGCUUACAAUAAGCUGCGCGGUUCUCGGGGGUUGCACCUGAGCAAGGGGGGAAGAUAA